AUGAAUAAAAAUCCAGCUGAAAUUCGUCUCAUUAAUGUUGUGAAUGAUAUACAAGAUAUGAAGGAUAUCGAAAAUAUUAAUGAAGAUAAAGAAAAUUUUUUUACUUCUGAAGAUAUUUCUAAAGAUACUAGGUUCAAUACAUGGGAUGAAGAAAAUCUCCUAAAAAUAUCAGAUGGAUUUAUUGAAGAUCAAUAUGACACACGUUUUAUCACACUCCAAACCAUAAUUGAAGAAGUAGAAAAAGAUAAAGUGCUAGAAAUAUGGAAAGUUAUUGAUAUACAAAUAUUUCAUAUCAGUAUGAUAACUCAACAGUGGUAUAAAGAUAUUUAUCAAGAUGGAAUAAAUUCACAAGAGAGUAUAAUAUUCAAUCAUAAAAGAGAUGCUCAUGAUAAUGAAAGUAUUUUAUUAACAAGAAAGCCUGUCACAAUUCCAACAACCAUUUCUACACUUAAAAAGGCUAUUCGUAAAAGAAAUUUAUAUGUUGAAAUCGAAAAACUUGCAAAUGACAAAACACCUACAAACGAUGAAAUACCUGUAAAUGGUGAAACACCUGUAAAUGAAAUAUCAGCAAUCGAUGAAAGACUUAUAUCUAAUAAUACCUAUGAGAUAGAUCGAUCAUCCAAGCGAUGGUAUUUGAGUAGUGUUGAAAAAGAACAAGGUUCUCGAGGAGAAUUCAAAACUAGAGGUUCUUACAGAUGUCGUGUAUGUAAUCAAAUGGGACACAAUACUGCUUUUUAUAAGAGUGUGGGUAAAUAA